AUAUAGAAAAUAAAAAUAAUAAACCUCAAUGGCCGCGACACGUGUGUGCUUAAGAAAAUCACUCGCUUAAAACAAACUAUCGAACAACACAACAAAAAAACGCUGGUGAAUUGAAUUGUACACAACAAACAAAAAAAAAAAAACUAAUUGUAUUGUAUAAAACCACAAAAAAAGAACGAAAAAAGCAUUCCAAUGUUGUCCUGUUUGGCGCCAUCGUCUUCACGUUUUGGCCAAGAGGAUAACAUUAUACAGCAGAGCAUGCCAUCGUCCACAGCCUUCUCCAUGCAGUUUCCCUCUUUGGCGUCCUCUUUGCACCACCAUCAAGCACACAGCAAGCCCAGCAAUGUGGCUGCCAGUGAAGAGCAUGCCACGCAUGCAACCAGCGCCACAGCGAAUGCGGCAGAUGACUAUUUGGUCAAGUGCACGCAGUGCCACAAACGCUUCAAUGAGUUUCAGUCCCUCAGCGAGCACAUUGCCCGCGAGCAUCCGCACGACAAGCUCAACUAUGAGCCGCUGCGUCAAGCUGGCGCUGCGCAGCCCGAGAGCGAUGCCGAGGAGGAUGAGCAAAGCAAUUUGAGCAGCAGCAGUCGACGCUACAACAAAUCGCCCUCAAAUAACAACAACAACAACAUUGAGACAGCCAAAAAUCAAAACAACAGCAGCCAACAGCAAUUGACAUCGCCGCUCUGUUCACCUGUUGCCCAAAAUCAACAGCAGCAGCAGCCACCGCCACCGCCCAGCGAUCUCUUUGCCCAUCUGCCGCAUCCUCCGCCACAGCUGCCCGCACAUUUGCAUGCUCAAUUCAUGGCCGCCGCCGCCUUGGCCAUGCAAUCGGCACGCUCCGCCAGCUCACCCAGCCACCCGCUACACCAUCACCAACAACACCAACAGCAGCAGCAGCAACACCAUCAGCAGCAGCAGCAACAGUUGCCACAGCAAGCGGGACAGCUGUUGUUGCCGCCACCGCAAACGGGCAGCAACAGCAGCGUGGGCAGCAAUUCAGCCUAUGAGCUGGAUCUGAGUGCGCCACGUUCAACUUCGAGUCCGGGCUCGACAACGGGCGAUCUCAGCGCUGCCUUUCCCUGCAUGCAAUGCACGGCGGCGUUUGCCACACGCGAGCAACUCGAACAGCAUCAGCUGCUGCACUCGCCCACAGGACAGCAGACGACACAGAAUGUGGCACAGACUUGCAAAAUAUGCAACAAGGCAUUCGCCAAUGUCUAUCGACUGCAGCGCCACAUGAUCAGCCACGAUGAGUCGGCGCUGCUCCGCAAAUUCAAAUGCGGACUCUGCGAGAAGGCCUUCAAGUUCAAGCACCAUCUGAAGGAACAUGUGCGCAUUCAUUCCGGCGAGAAGCCUUUCGGCUGCGACAAGUGUGGCAAGCGUUUCUCGCACUCCGGCAGCUUCUCCUCCCACAUGACCUCGAAGAAAUGCAUCAGCAUGGGCCUCAAGCAGAACAACGGCAACAACAGCAAUCAAAACAACGGCAACAACUCGAAUUCCAAUUCGCGGCAAUUGCUCAAGAGUUUGGAUAAAAACGGACGUUCGCCCACAGAUCAAAUGGCUGGCAAACGUGGCUGCAAGUUGCCACUGGAGGCGACGAAUCCUCUCCUGCCCAAUCCCAUGAACUAUUUCGCUGGCGAAGCACAAGUGCCACAAGUUCCGGCUGGCGCUGGAGCUGCGGCCAAUGCGGCUGCGCCGCCUUUCUAUCCCAACUACAGUGCCAUGAGCACAGCGUUGUUGGCGUUUCCCAAUGCCUUCAUGGCUGCUGCACUCGAUCCACGCAUGCAUCCCUAUAGCAUACAGCGACUGCUGGAGCUGACAGCCGCACAACAGCAUCAGCAGCAACAGUUGCACCGCGAGGAGCAACAGCAACUAGAGCAACAGCAGCACUUGGAGCAACAACAACCGUUGUAUGAGCCCAGCAGGGAGGAGGAAGAAACGCCCGAUGAACCCAAACUUGUGAUGGAUCUGGAGGAGUCAGAACUGAAGCCAGCCAGUCCAGAGUUGCCUGCAGCUGAACCCGUUGUGCCGCUAAAGCAGGAGCCAAGUCGCGAGGCGACGCCAGCGCUGUUAGAAAGUGCGCCUGCCACGCCCCAAAACAUCAAGCAGGAGGCCCAAGAGCCGCAGGAGCAACAGGAGCCAGAACUGCAGCUGGAAGAGCAAGAGGAAGAGCAGCAGCAGGUGACGACGCCACAAGAGUUGCGCUGCAGUCGCUGUGCCAAGCAGUUCAAUCAUCCCACAGAGCUCGUGCAGCACGAGAAAGUGCUGUGCGGUCUGAUCAAAGAAGAACUCGAGCAGCACUAUCAACAACAACAACAACAACAACAACAACAACAACAGCAGCAGCAACAACUGCAACAGCAGCAACAGCAACAUUCAAGCUUUGUGCUGCCCAGCGAUGCUGAAGAGGAGGAAGAAGAUGUGGAGGAGGAGCCACGUUCCAUGCAGGAUUACAACGCCGGAGGCAGCAGCGACAGCGGGGAGCGCAAAGUUCGUGUUCGCACCGCCAUCAACGAGGAGCAGCAGCAACAACUCAAGCAACAUUACGCACACAAUGCGCGUCCAAGUCGCGACGACUUUCGCCUGAUUGCCUCGCGUCUGCAGCUCGAUGCCCGUGUCGUCCAAGUGUGGUUCCAAAACAAUCGCUCACGCGAACGCAAGAUGCAGAGCUACAACAACGAGCCACAAGUGGCAGCCACAACAACAGUUGCACCAACAGCAGCUGCAGCGCCUUCCGCUGCCGAUCAGCCGCUGGAUUUGUCCGUCAAACGCGAUGCUUCUCCGCUCUACGGACUUGCGCCACAACCCAGCGCUUUGAGCGUGCCCACAGCUGAUUUUCCCGAGAGCAUGGCCAUCAAUCUGAGCCGCAAGCUGUCCAGCUCGGCCUCGAUGUCGCCGGCCUCGUUGUCGCCCUGCUCGGGUGCCUCGUCGCUGCAACAAUCGGCAGCUGCUGCAGCCGCCGCUGCUUUGUACUUUGCGCCGCCCUCGCCACCGAGUCAUCUGCAUGAGGCAGUGCCUCCGUUGGCGCCACGCGGUCAACCCUUUGCCAACUUGCCGUCCUAUCUGAUGCCCCGACUGCCCAUGGAGGCAUUGUUCCAGAUGCGUCCCGGCGGCGAUUAUGCGCCCAAUCCGCUGAUGAACAGUAUAAAGCUGCCCGACUAUCGCGGCACCAGUUUGAGUCCCGGUGGCAGCGAGAAACGUUCGUGGCGCGACGACGAUUCGCGCAUCUCGCACGACGAUGAUUACGUUUUGGCAGCCGCAGCGGCAGCUGCAGCUGGAGCAGGUCCGGGUGGAUUGUUGCCACCGAAGCCGAAGCGUGCCAAGGCCGAGACACAUGGACAUGCGGGUGAUCCUGAUCUGCCAUUCGUGUGCGAUCAAUGCGACAAGGCGUUUGCCAAGCAGAGUUCCCUGGCACGUCACAAAUACGAGCAUUCCGGUCAACGACCCUAUCAGUGCAUGGAUUGCCCCAAGGCCUUCAAGCACAAGCAUCAUCUGACGGAGCACAAGCGUUUGCAUUCCGGCGAGAAGCCAUUUCAGUGCUCCAAGUGCCUGAAGCGCUUCUCGCACUCGGGCAGCUACAGCCAGCACAUGAACCACCGUUACUCCUACUGCAAGCCAUACAGGGAAUAGGUAAGCGACACCUCAGUGCCGCCCACCUGCGUCGCCAACAACAACAACCACGGCAACAACAGUAGUAACUCAACGCGUGCUCGUCGCGGUCCAAGCGCCGCUCGAAGCAACAGCAACAGCAAUCACCAUAGCUAUCCACAUCAAUUGGCUGCCAUGGCGGCAUUUCAGCAGCAUCAACAACAGCAGCAACAGCGACUGCACCAUCACCAACAACAGCAGCAACGUCUUGGCUGGCCAGCGUCUGGCGUCAUGUUGCCACCAGGAGCAGCAACAGCAGCUCAACCUCCGCCACCUCCGCUGCUCUCAGCCAGCGCUUACAAUCAAGCAACAGCUGGAGCACAACAACAACAGCAGCAACCACCGCCGCCGCCUCCUCCCACAUUCUUUGCCAGUCCGUUGCAUCAUGCGGCAUUGAUGGCGCCACCGCAUCCACAUCCGCAUCCAUUGCCGCUAACGCCGCCAACGUCGGGGCCCGCCUUUAACUAUUUCAAUGCCAAAAUGUUGCUCAACUAAGAAUCGUCGACUAACAGCGCUCUAACAGUGAGUUAACAGCGCGCUAACAGUGCACUUAAAUGUUGUACUUAAACACACACUCGAAAUAAAUCUCAAAUUGUGCAGGAACACAACGUGAAAGUCAAGUCAAGUGUUGCACAACAAAAGCUGGCAGCCCAGUCUCGAGUCUCCGCGAGAGCAGAUCAAAUAUUUUUUAUAGCAAUAUUUUUAAUGUGUCAUUUGAGAAUGAAUCGAAAAACACAAAACACAACAAAAAAAACACCUAAAACAAAAGAAAAAAGAGAAAACCUUUCGUUUCAUCGAAUUUAUUAUUAUUAUUUUUUAAGUUUUUACCGAGUAUUUUUUAAGUUUAUACAUAUUUCUUUUACAUAUGUAUGUACAUUUAAUAACACUUUUACGUUUAGUCGAUAAGAGAAACGUCCCAGUACCAAGUGCUGCGAAAUACUCAAAAGCUUUCAUUAUCAAAAGGAAAAAUGUGUGGCAUGCACCGCAUUCUUAUUACAUGUUAUAUCAUUAUUAUUAUUAUACUUUUUUUUAAUCUUGGCAUUAUUUACAAUAUUAACUACGCUCUAGUUUCUUUACUUUAUCAUUUAAAAAU